ACAGUAGCCUGUGUAAAGUUGGUUUAAUAAACCGUCAAUGCGCAAACUCAAGCCUCUGUCUGGACAAUUGUUCAUUUAUGAUCUAGUCAGGUCAUUACAGUAUUAUUGACUGUAUGUUUGUUUUACUCCAUGUGUAACUCUGUGUUGUUGUAUGUGUUGAACUGCUUUGCUUUAUCUUGGCCAAGUCGCAAUUGUAAAUGAAAACUUGUUCUCAACUUGCCUACCUGGUUAAAUGAAGGUGAAAUAAAUACAUAAAAAAAUACUGUAUGGGCCUACGACACAGCCAAUGUAGUCAAACCAUACACAGGGCAAUGAAAUACAUUACCCACAAUCGAACACGAGUCUUUGUGUUACACCGGCAGCGAGACAAAUCUCGCGAGUACAGAACGGUAGUACGUACGUGCAUCAUUUGUGUUGUUGUUGGUCGCGGUAAGAUGGCGGCGCUCGGGGAUGGAUCAACUCCGGCGGUGAAUGGGUUAAUACAACAGUUCACAGCGAUUACAGGUGCCACAGAGAGUGUGGGGAAGCAUAUGCUCGAAGCAUGCAACAACAAUCUAGAAAUGGCAGUGACCAUGUUCCUAGAUGGAGGGGGGAUCGCAGAGGAGCCCAGCACCAGCUCCAGUUCAGCAGGGGCCUCCAGCAGCAGAGCUCCCCCCGCAGAUGACCAAGUGCGGGCACCCAUCCCUCAGAAGCAGGACAUACUGGUAGAGCCAGAGCCUAUGUUUGGAGCACCAAAGCGACGAAGACCUGCCCGGUCCAUAUUUGACGGUUUUAGGGACUUCCAAACAGAAACAAUCCGCCAGGAGCAGGAGCUGAGGAACGGCAGCGCGGUGGACAAGAAGCUCAGCACCCUGGCGGACCUGUUCCGGCCCCCCGUUGAGCUCAUGCACAAAGGCAGCUUUGAGACGGCAAAGGACUGUGGUCAGCUGGAGAACAAGUGGCUGAUGAUCAACAUCCAGAAUGUGCAGGACUUUGCCUGCCAGUGUCUCAACAGAGACGUGUGGAGCAACGACGCGGUCCGGACCAUCAUCAGGGAGCACUUCAUAUUCUGGCAGGUGUACCAUGACAGUGAAGAGGGCCAGAGGUAUAUCCAGUUCUACAAGCUCAAUAAGUUUCCCUAUAUCUCCAUUUUGGAUCCCCGCACAGGUCAGAAGAUGGUGGAGUGGAACCAGUUGGACGUUGCGUCGUUUCUGGAACAGGUGGCGGGCUUCUUGACGGAACACGGCCAGCUAGACGGCCCGGCGUCCAGCAACCCGCCCCCGGCCAAACGGGCCCGCUCCGAAAGUCUGAUAGACGCCAGUGAGGACAGCCAGUUGGAGGCAGCGAUCAAAGCCUCUCUCCAGGAGACCCACUAUGAGUCGUCCUCCGCCCCCGACCUCCCCGACUCCCCCCACUCUGUAGAGGUAGACUCGGAUGGAGACUCAGACGAGGAGCCCUUCUCCGACAGCGAGGGCCUCAUCUCUGUCGACGGCUCAGACAACGAGACAACAGAACCACAGGAGGGCAGCACCUGCUCCACAGGCGGAGACACCCCUCCUGGACCAGCCCCUCCCACAUCUGCAGCUGUAGCCCCCCAGCCCCCGCCACAGCCGGACAGCCCACCUGCCCGUCACAGGAAGUCCCCCCACAACGAGAACAGCCACAGGAAAGAGGAGAGCAAAAAGAACCACCUGGAGCCUCUGGCAGCUGCGCCGGCCCGCUCCCAGGCCGACCCAGACUCAGAGCAUCGUUCUGGGGAGAACCAUCGCACCGCAACAGGCCAAAGCUCCAAAUCUGUUAAGACGGAAACCUCCGACCUCGACUGCCUUGAUGACAAUGGUCCCAAGGCCAGACUGAUGCUGCGCUAUCCAGACGGACAGAGAGAGCAGAUCGCCCUGUCUUCCAAGGCCAAGCUUAUGGCUCUGGUUAGACAUGUCCAGUCGAAGGGCUACCCCAACGAACGCUUCGAGCUCGUCACCAACUUCCCCCGACGGAAGCUGGCCCACUUGGACUAUGACGUCACACUGCAGGAGGCAGGGCUUUGUCCACAGGAGACUGUAUUUGUGCAGGAAAGGAACUAAGCCAUGCAUUUUCUAUCUUCAGACCACGCCCAUUUCACCAGUGACCCGGGAGGACGUUACAGGCCGCUACUCCUGGGCUUUUUUUAUUUUGGAAUUAGACCAUGCCCCUAUUUGGGGACACCGAACUGUGGAUGAACUUCAUUACCCAUCAUUCCACUGGGAGGAAGUGACUGGCCUGUGUACUCUUUUUCGUAGGCAUUGUUGUUCAUCGUCAAUUACCGAAUGGAUUCUAUUUUGAUUUUAGUUUUAUUCUGAGGUACUAAACCAAUCGGAGUAGAACACCUUAAUGAUACUGUUACAAAUAAGCUGAGGCCCCUUAAUAAUGAUCAGAGCUGGCAUCAGAGCUGGCUCAGGAAAACUUUACAGACUAUUAUCCAUAAAGGAUGUCAAAUGUCAGAUAUUUUUUUGAAGUUAUUUUUUGAUUCAUGAACACCUACAGCCAGUUAAAGGAGCGACUUGAACUCUGAUUGGUCCCAAAUGUGCUCUUCUACGUGUUGAUUGGGUGAGGAGGGGACUUUGAAUACAGGAAUUGAUGGAGAGGGGUGUAGGGUCGUUCAAGGGAUUCUUUUUUUUGGGGGGGGGGUUCCUCAACUGUCAACCUGCACUACAGGAGUGGUGUAGCGAUUGACAUUUAGUCUUAGUCGGUGUAUAUAUAUAUAUAUAUAUCUUUUUUUUUCUACCCCAUUUCCAAGGAAAGAUGCUGAAAUAUAACCAUAAAAACAAAGGGAAAAUUGUGUGCUCUAUUCCAUUUCUACCAUGUAUUUGUCUAUCUGCAAUCUGUCUAAAUUGUGACCACAACCUCAAAAGUAUAGUGUUGGUAAUGAUGAUAAUUUCUUGAUACCUCUGCCCCAAUGUACCGAACGAUCUGGGUCAGUGUAAGCAAUGGGUGGUGCUGUUUGGUGUUAUCACUCUUACUAGCCCAACUAUAACUAAUAUCUAUCUUGUCUAGUCAGAUAUGAGGGAGAGGUAACAAGUGGAUUCUGAUUGGGACCAUGUCCAAUAUUACUAAUCUGCUUUAAACCUUUACCCACAGACUGGAUAUGUCUGUCACAGGGUUUCAUCAACUUAGCUGUGAGCUAAGAAUCAUAACCGUGGGAGAGCUGUCAAGCUGUGGAAUUCUGGUCUGAGUGAGAGGUUUAACAUGGGGUCUUGUUGCAUACAACUGUCUUGAAUACAUUUUGGAGUAUUUGUAUGGCGAUUUCUAGAUUCCUAGAACUCAGUACAUUGAAUUUUAUCCAAAUAUAAUUCAAAUGUCAGGUCAGGUUAAAGGGAUACUGCAAGAUUUUGGCAAUUAAGACGCAUUUUCUUUACUUACCCGGAGUCAGAUGAACUCGUAGAUACCAUUUAUACUGUACUUGUAGACUUCCAGUCAUUGUGCUAAUGCUAGUUAGCAUUGCUUCACGAAACUACCUAUUAACUAACUUCAUACUGCACGCAGACAUAAAAAUGUUAUCCACAAGCUCAUCUGACUGGGUAAGUUGAAAAAUGACUUCAUUACCAGAAUCUCACAGUAUCCCUUUAAUCAUUCUGGGAAGUCAAAGUCCCCAUUUCAUUUAUGUACCGUCGUGGCAAAAAGUUUUGAAUGACACAAAUAUUAAUUUUCACAAAGUCUGCUUCCUCAGUUUGUAUGUUGGCAAUUUGCAUAUACUCCAGAAUGUUAUGAAGAGUGAUCAGAUGAAUUGCAAUUAAUUGCAAAGUCCCUCUUUACCAUGCAAAUGAUCGUAAUCCCCCAAAAAACAUUUCCGCUGCAUUUCAGCCUUGCCACAAAAGGACCAGCUGACAUCAUGUCAGUGAUUCUCUCGUUAACACAUGUGUGAGUGUUGACGAGGACAAGGCUGGAGAUCCCUCUGUCAUGCUGAUUGAGUUUGAAUAACAGACUGGAAGCUUUAAAAGGAGGGUGGUGCUUGGAAUCAUUGUUCUUCCUCUGUCAACCAUGGUUACCUGCAAGGAAACACGUGCCGUCAUCAUCGCUUUGCACAGAAAGGGCUUCACAGGAAAAGAUAUUUGUGCCAGUAAGAUUGCACCUAAAUCAACCAUUUAUGGGAUCAUCAAGAAUUUCAAGGAGAGUGGUUCAAUUGUCAGCCAAGGGAGUGGGCUCACUCACAAUAUUGCCUAAGAACACAGCCAUGAAUAAAGAAUGGUACCAACAUAUCCUCCGAGAGCAACUUCUCCCAACCAUCCAGGAACAGUUUGGUGACGAACAAUGCCUUUUCCAUCAAGGCAAAGUGAUGACUAAGUGGCUCGUGGAACAAAGCAUCGAUAUUUUGGGUCCAUGGUCAGGAAACUCCCCAGACCUUAAUCCCAUUGAGAGCUUGUGGUCAAUCUUCAAGAGGCGGUUGGACAAACAAAUUCUGACAAACUCCAAGCAUUGAUUAUGCAAGAAUGGGCUGCCAUCAGUCAGAAUGUGGCCCAGAAGUUAAUUGACAGGUCUUGAAAAGACAGGUCAACACUGCAAAUAUUGACUCUUUUCAUCAACUUAAUGUAAUUGUCAAUAAAAGCUUUUGACACUUA